UGACUUCCUCAACUUUUCACUCGGUAUCAAACUUCGCUAAGAGAACAACUUGAGACUCAAAACGUUUACGAAACACUUGAAUUUUUUAAGGUUUUCGUCUUACUUUACGUCUUGUAAGUUGUAAAUUGUUGAAAAUGUUGCCGAGAAGAGUGCUUGCAGCGACGGCGCUCUUGUUGCUGUGUUGUUGGGAAGGUUCCAACGGGCAGGUCCGGGGACGCGUGCCGGGUCUCCCUGGCCAUGUCACCGUCGAUGGGUUUGACCCCGAUCGGGACCGACUUCGCCCAGUGGUGACUGCAAAAGAAGACAACAUGCGUGUCCCUGGAUCGUACAUCGUUGUUCUGAAGGACAUGUCUUCGCGCGAAGACAUCGAGGCGGUGGUGCGGGGUUUCCGGGCGACCGCCGGAAGAGCCGGCCCCGCCUUCGAGAACGAGGUGGACGUGAUCCUGGAUCAGGUCAUGACGGCGUUCGUGGCCCGGCUCUCACCCUCUGCCCUCCGUUUGAUGCAAGCCAUCCCGGGUGUGGAUUUCAUCGAGGAGGACCAGAUCUUCGAGAAGCAGCAGGCGGUGCCCUGGCACUUGGACCGGAUAGACCAAAAGGACCUUCCCGUUAACGGGCAGUUCAGUGCAACAGGUGACGGUAGCGGAGUUGACGUGUACGUGCUGGAUUCCGGGAUCCGGUACAGCCACGAAGAGUUCGAGGGACGCGCAUCUUUUGCAGGAUUCGACGCCUUCGAUCCGGCGGGCACAAAUCAGGGCCUGGACAUAGACGGACAUGGCACUCAUGUGGCCGCUCUCGUAGGCGGGAAAACUUACGGUGUGGCGCGAAACGUCCAGUUGAGAAGUGUGCGUGUACUGGACGAGAACGGUAGGGGGCGUGGCAGCACCAUCCUGGCCGGUCUCAACUAUGUCCGCAUGCAGGUCAAUCAGAACCCUAACGCACGCGCCAUCGCAGUCAUGUCCCUAGCAGGUUCCAGUAUGACUACCGUGAACAUGGCGGCCAAAGAGCUGGUCCACACGGGCUGUGCCGUGUUCGCUGCUGCCGGGAACGCUAACAGGGACGCCUGCCGCUUCUCACCUGCAGGAGAGGCAGAGGUCAUCACCGUUGGCGGAACCAACGCGGUUGACGGUCUGUACCGCCGCACGGUCAACGGCCGUCUCCGGGGAACCAACUACGGCCGCUGCGUGGACAUCAUGGCGCCUGCGCAGGAGGUGAUAAGCGCUGACGUCGCCUGCGACACGUGUAACCGCGAGCUGAGUGGGACGUCACAGGCCACGCCUCUUGUUGCAGGCGUGGCAGCUACCAUGCUGCAGCAGGACAACAGUCUGACGCCUGCGCAGUUGCGGAUGAAGUUGCUGUUCGACGCCGCCAGGAACAAGAUCGACUUCACGCCCAUCCCUGACGACAUGAAACACAUGACGCCAAACAAGCUGCUCUACAUACCACAGUCCUCUGCGUUCACAUCCGGAGUCACGCCGACCUGUCGGACGGUUUGGUCCAUCAAGUCUGACGUCACGGAUGGCGCGCUAGCCUCGGUCCGGUGCAACAUCAACGAGAGCAUGAUGGGAUGUUCCUCAGUGUCUGAUGACGGCCUCCGGGCCGGGGAGUUCACUUCGGCCCUACCAGGUGAUAUCAACGCUUGUAUCGCUCAGAACGGUAUCGGUGGAACGGGAGUAUACGCCAUGGCGCGGUGCUGCGUCUGGCCCGGGUCCGAGUGUUACUUCGAGAAGUCAGCUGACAGAUCAUCGUCUCAAGACGGCGCCAGGGUCAACAUCAAGUGUGACAGGAACGACGGUGACUUGCUCACAAGUUGCAGCGCCGCCACAGACACGAGGUCGAUCGACGGCGCCCGUCCCGCCUCUGCCCGGCUGAGGUUUGUCCGCCUCCCGCUGCGGACCUGCAUAGCUCAGAACGGUGACGGAGGGAACGGUGUGGAGGCGCACGCCACCUGCUGUAAGGCCGACAACAUGGACUGUAAGGCCGUCUGGUCCAACAGGUCACCGAACACGCCUAAAGUUGAGGUAUCAGCUACCUGUCCCACAGGCUGGGUCCUGACGGGGUGUAACGCGUACGACUGGAGCGGGCACGCUGACGGCGCCAUGCCCAUAGACAACACCUGCAUUGCGCGCAAGGGCACACAGGGGGAGGGCGUGCACGCUGUGGCUAUCUGCUGCAGAGGAAACUAAAGAAUCCCAAAAGUCUCACUACCAACAAGGCUAUUUUAGUAUUGGUGGAUUUUUACUUCUUGAAAUUUUGUUUGAUAUUUUUACUGAAAAAAUAGGUAUUUCGAUGAAGUCAAGUGUCAAACCCUAUAUUAAAUUUAAAAAUUGUUGCUGCUACUACUACUUAGCUACACUCCAAGCAGAGGUUGAGGGAAAAGAUAGCCACGAGUGCUUACUUCUGAUUGGUUACUGUUUUCUGACGUCAGAAAGCGGGUGCCAAUCAGAGGAAGGUACCUUCAACCCCAGUCUCGGAGAAAACUACUUUGUAUUGAUGGGAGGAGAGACUGACUGACACUUAAGACUUGUGUUUAUUAAGAAAGGCGACGAAAUGAAAUCAGGAGCUGUUUUUGUAAAUGACAGAAAGGUUAGUCUUGGUAGUUCCGAUUUUCUUGUGACUUGUAUUAAUUUUGUAUACAUCUUUUCUUGUCCAAAAUUUGUUUUGAUACUUUUUGAAAAUGUCUCAUGUUGUUGUUUGUGAACAUUACAUAUCUAAUUGUUUAUUUGUUUUUCUUAUUCUUGUAUUUUACUCUGACUCAUAAUUCUCAAGGGAGCCAUCAUACAGUAUUGCAUUUUGAUAGACUUGUUCGAACUUCACUGGAGAUAUUUUAUUCUUACUACUAUUCAACUUAGUAGAGUUCCCAGAACUGUUAAAAUGGCAUUACAUUUCAUUUCUCUUUGCUAUUACUAGAAGUAUUUUAUUCUCAUUGAAUAAUUAUUUGUAAUGUUUCAUACGUUACUAUAUCAAAGUAAAUAUCAUGUUCAUAAUCUAUGCAAAACCAUUCAACUUAGUAUCAUUGUUGACCUUCCAUUGUUUGUAUAUCAUCAAUAAAAAAAACACAGACAG